AUGGAAAUUGCCAUCCGAAUGCUCCGGCCUGAGACCAAGAAUAUGGAUAUUACUGCGGCUAUUGACAAGACUGCCGCAGCCUAUGGCGUCAAGCCCAUCGAGAACAUGGUUUCCCAUUCACUGGAGCGCAACCAUGUAGAUGGUGCUCUACGAGAAGGAGGAGGAAUUGUCGCGCAGUUCAAGUCGACCGUUAUGGUGAUGCCGAACGGACUCGUCAAGAUCACUGGACUGCCCUUGGAUGUUGACACGCUGGCUUUAACCUGCAAGCUCGAAGAUGAGGCAUUGUUGAAAACGCUCAACUCUGCUCUCAAGCCCAAGAAGAAGGAGGCCCCUGCGGAAGAAGGAAGACGCUGCGCCCGCCGCCGAGUCAAG